AUGGCCAUUAUCGAUUCCAAANAAGUCGAACCAGCUCAAUACCGCUGGCACAGAGUUCAAGAUACAGCAAACUCAGUACAACGACGAGGAAACGGCACCGAGAACUGGGUCGGCCUUCGCAAGGAGAACGCCAGAGGUCAAUACGACUGUCACAUUGCUGUCAAAGCGACUUUGCAACAUCCUUUGACACUGGCUACAAUUAAACAGCGACUUCUUAAUGGUCUUUNNUUGAAAGAGAGGUUUGAGCAUCCUAAUAUUGCUUGCAAGGCUUUCUGGGAUGAACAGUUUGGUCCUUUAAUCCGAUAUACGCCUCCGUCUGAUAAUGAAAAAGCGGUCCUUUGGGCUCAACAAAGGGUGCAAGUGUGUGCGACGACUCAGACUGCUUUGGAGUUGAGAUGGGAAAUUGCGUCGAGAAGGAAAGCACAAAACAAAUCGUCUGAAUCUUUCACCAUCUAUGUUCUAGCCGAUAUGUCAGACACUGACACUCUUAUGGCCAAAGGCUCUUCUCUUGAGAUUCUAGUCCACUUUAACCACAUCUACUGGGAUGGUAUCAGUGCUCGACUGUUUCUUGGACAUCUCUUAAGUAGCAUCGGACAAGACUUGAAGCAUGCACGAUACGAUUGGGGCUGCGAAACCAAUAACCUAAGUCCACCAAUCCUUGACGCGUUGAAGGUUGAUCCGCAGACGUUGGGCAGAGAUUACGAAGACAGCCUCGAAGAAUUUGUGUCAAUCAUGUUCAAGUUUGAUUCAAGUCAUGCCAUGCCAAUCGGGACUAAUCCAGGACUGCCAGAAACUGCUGUUCUCCAAUUGAGUCCUGUUGAAUGCCAGAAGAUCAUCAAGGCAGUAAAGUCUCGGCUCGGCCCUGGAUAUACCAUAACGCAUCUAGGUCAAGCGGCAACCCUGUUGACUUUACUCAAGCUCAGUCCACUCUCACAAGAAGCCCUGCGCGAAAAAUCAGUCAUAAUGCCAUUACCUGUCAACGGACGACGAUACCUACGAGAAGGACUUGCAGACCAUCAAUAUGGUAGCUGUCAAGCCUGUGCAGUGGUUACUUUUGAUAAUCUUGAGCAAUUUGCUGUGAACUUUGAUAACAGAGAAGCUGUGAUUGAUGCUUUGAUGAACGCCAUGAAAGUCACAAAAACUGCUUAUGACUAUUGGCUUGAUAAGCCGUAUCUCUUGCCACUUGGGAUUGCGAAAGACAACUUCUUUUCGGCAUUGUUGGAAUCCAAACCUGAUGGUAAAGCCGUACCAAUCUUUGCCAGCGACGGUUUGGAUGAUCUUUAUAUUCCGAGAACUGUUUCAAGGCCCGAUGGAUCUUCAGUCUUGGAUGUGGAUGAUGUGGUGUUUCUCACAGACACCUACGAGCCAGGG